AGCACCACUAGCCAAACCGCCGGCGGCGCGGCGAGGGCAGCUGGUGGCCAUGUCUGCGGGCUUCUUUCGGGGAACAAAUACCGAUCAGGUGAAACAUGUCAAUGCCGAGCAGAAGAUCAUCAAGGACAUGGAAAAGAACAAGCGCUUCCCUGACCACUACUCGAAGAAAGUGGACAUGGCGAAGGUCUCCAUGGAUGUCAUGAAGCCAUGGAUUGCCAAGCGCAUCACAGAGAUGCUGGGCUUCGAGGAUGACAUCGUCGUAGACUUCUGUGUGGCGCAGCUGUCCGAGCCGCCAGACAAGGGCUUAGACCCCAAGCUGCUGCAGGUGAAUAUGACAGGCUUCAUGGAGCGCAAGGCUGGCCCCUUCGUCUCGGAGCUUUGGCAGCAUUUGCUCUCUGCGCAGGAGAGUCCGGUUGGAGUGCCCCGAGAAUUUAUCGACCAAAAGAAGGAAGAGCUCCAGAAGAAGAAGGAGGAAGCCGAGAAAGUGCAAGAGGAGUUGAAGAGAAGAAAGCAAGACCUAGAGGAGGCCGAGCGGCAAGCACGUGGCAUCCGAGACCAAGAGCGCGACCGGCGGAAAUCCCCGCGGCGCUCACGGUCCAAGCAGGCACCCAGUGAGACGAUGGACGAUGACCGCCGCCGCGAUGACCGCCGCGACGACCGGCGGGACGAUCGCCGGCGAGAUGAUCGCCGGGAUCGGGACGACCGGCGGCGAGAGGAUCGAAGGCGGCGAGAUAAGUCUGAGUCCAAAAGCCCACAGCCGCGCAGGCGAGACAAGCGAUUUGAGUGGGAAGACUGAGCAAUAUUGGCUGCGGGCAAAUGCUUAUUCCAAGACUCACAUGCGUCAAAUUCAAAGGCUAUAUAAGUUUACGGUCGGUGCCAGUAUCUACAGCUAGUGCGUUGUUUUAAUGUCAAAGGCC